AGUCCUCUUUCUUUUUGGACUUUCAUCCUCAUACAGUCUUUAGUCUAUCUUUGACUAUCACUCCCUUCACACAAAAAAAAAAGUUACAUAUUCAGAACAUAACACAGAGUCCCUUCUCUCUCUUUUCAAUCAAUCACUAUCAUCAUCAUCAAGAUGUUCUUCAAGACCCUCCUCACUGCCGCUCUGGCCACCGCCGCCACGGCCCUCCCGCACAGCUUCCUGGCGGCGCGCAACUCCACCUCGUCCGGUGGCGGCGUCAACAUCGUCAACAACAUGGAUUCUACUACCGUCUACGCGUGGUCUGUUUCUGAUAGAGUCAGCAACAUGCAUACCCUUUCUGCGGGCGGUGGUAGCUACCAAGAAUCCUGGCAAAGCAACAGCAACGGCGGCGGCAUCUCCAUCAAGCUCUCCACCACCGAGACCCAGUCCGAUGUGCUCCAGUUCGAGUACACCGAGUCCGGCGACACCAUCUUCUGGGACAUGUCCUGCAUCAACCUGGGCAGCGACUCCGCCUUCAGCAAGUACGGCUUCAGCGUCGAGCCCUCCGAGACCAACGACGACUGCCCCUCCGUCACUUGCGCCGCUGGUGAUACCUCUUGCGCCGAGGCUUACAACAAGCCCGAUGACAACGAGGCCACCCAUGGCUGUCCCAUUGAUACCCAGUUCACUCUGACUCUGGGGGUGUAAAAAUGUCAUCAUCAUCAUCAUCAUCAUCAUCAUUCAAUUCAAACUUUCUGAUUGAUUGAUUGAUUAACUUGACUGACGCAAUUGCCAACCAACCACACACCCUCAUCUCUCCUGCGUUCUACUUUCUUCCCUCUUUUUUUCUGUGCUUUUUUCUUUCUUUCUUUCUCAAAUCCUGUGAAUAGGGAGAAGAGACCUGGGCGCGCUGUGUCGCUGACCAAGUCCGGUUUAUAAGAAGCUUGUUUGGAGAUUAUACCACCCACCCACAACCUUUUUCUUCGAGGUUUUAUCUGUUGCUGCUUUUUUUUUUUCUUGGUUUUGGAGAUCUGAUCUGAUCUGAUUGUUG